UUGGUCGAGAAGGCUGUAGCCCACACUAAUACCAAACUUUGCCACACUUCAUUUAAUGUGGGGGACAAGUGCAGGGACUGCAGGGUACUCUCUUGAAGGCAUUGAGAUAUUUAAAUUGACAAUCUUCGACCAAUCAGAAGACUCGAUUAGCUCAAUAUCAACAUUUUUGCCCUGGCCCUGGGCCCUUGCUGCUGGUUAUUAUUGUGGCAGUGCCACUUAUAAGUAUAUACACUGUUCUGGUCUGUGCGCGGUACUUAGUCUGUUCCACACACAGCAUUGUUAGCUAUACAGCGUAGUUGCAUUACUGACUCUCCCAAUUCUGAUGCUGCAGGUGCAGUGGCAUCGUUGAUCGGGAUUUUAAAAGAUAUACUUGGUAAACGACGUGCAAAGCCGAUACAAUAAAAAAAAAACCGUGCCUACUAUGCCCUGUUGUUGUGGGUCAAUAUAAACUGUUGAUAAAUCUGCAUGUUGACGUUUUUCAAAAGACUUUGAUUCAACACUAUGACUGAGUAUAAACUGGUCGUCGUUGGUGCUGGGGGUGUUGGAAAGUCAGCACUUACAAUACAGUUGAUUCAAAACCACUUUGUAGACGAAUAUGAUCCUACGAUUGAAGACUCUUACAGAAAGCAGGUCGUAAUUGAUGGUGAAACCUGCUUACUGGAUAUUUUAGACACUGCUGGACAAGAAGAGUAUAGUGCUAUGAGAGACCAAUACAUGCGAACGGGCGAAGGAUUUUUAUUAGUAUUUGCUGUUAAUUCAGCAAAAAGUUUUGAAGACAUUGGUACGUAUCGCGAACAAAUUAAAAGGGUCAAAGAUGCUGAGGAAGUGCCAAUGGUUUUGGUCGGUAACAAGUGCGAUCUUCAGCAAUCUUGGGCUGUCAAUAUGACACAAGCCAGAGAAGUUGCACGACAGUAUGGCAUACCAUUUGUCGAGACAUCAGCCAAGACCAGAAUGGGAGUUGACGACGCAUUCUACACUUUAGUGAGAGAAAUUCGAAAAGAUAAAGAAAAAAAAAGGCGCAACAAGACGAAUAAUCCAAGUCGCAGAAAACCACGGUGCUGUAUUCUUUAAGUCCACAACACGAAAAAUUUUUAUUUCAAAAAGAUGUAAGAAAGCUUGAGCUUACUUGUAUGUAUCUUUAAAUAGUUAAUAUUUGUCCAAAUUUUUAUCAUGUCACAAAAAUGAUAGACGAGUGCUUAACAAUGUACACUUUUUUUUUUUUUUUUAUACCAUUUUUAGAGGAUUCAUGCACAACGAAUCCUUUUAAAAUUUGUAAGCGUAACAAUCAGAUUUUUAAAUAACAAUCGUUUUUAUCUAUUUUAUACAUUAACUUUAAGUUUAAGUAACUUCCCAACGUACGAUGGUGACGUGUUUAAUGUUUCUAAAUACGUACGUAUGAUGCACACGUUUGUAUGUGAUUAAGAGAUAAAUGUAUAAAGUUUUGUUGCAGUGCUACUGUGUGAUUAAUUUACACAAAAUCAAUACAAAACGAAGCGCAAUAAAACUUGAUGAAAUUUUCCGUACACAUCAUGAGUAGAAAGUGUUUUACGUUUCAACUAUAAAAAAUGAUCAAUACACAUGUAUUUUACUGUAAUUUUUUGGUUCGCAAUUAAGGAUCAACUGUACUCCCCCAAAAAAUUUUCACAUGUUCACGUACAAAUAUUGAGAUUUGGAAAAAUAUUAUAGACGCCGUUUCGCGAAUUACUGAAAUGUGAAACGGUGUCCGAGCAUUGAGGUAACUUUUAUUUGAUAUAAAUUCGAGUGAUGCAUUUCUGCAAUUGUUGCAUGCAGUCAAGACAUCUACGCAUUUUUAUAUUUAUGUAUUGAAACACCUAUACUGCAGGUGCAUUUUUUUUUUUUUUUUUUUUUUGCGAACAGUCCCAGCCUCAAGUAAUUAAAAUACGUUGUUGCGACUUUGAAAUAAUCAGUGUACAAAGAGAUGUACUGGGACAAAAGCAAUAAUUUCAUGAAAAUAUAGUUAGUUUGAAAUGUUAAAAGACAUGAAAGCAGCUUGUUACGUGUAUUGAAAAUAUUAUUAAAAGUAUACGUGUUAUUAAUUUCAAUUAUUAAUUACAAAUUUUUAAUAGUAAACAAACAGUGAAAUACACUGUGUACGAGUAAAACAGACUUAAAAAUAGUACUUGGAGUAAUAUUUGUUACAAAACGAAACAAAUAAAAAAAAAAAUAUUACAAGUA